UGGUGGGGAAACUAUGGAACACAAGUACCAGUACUACAAAAGAUGGCUAUCAGAAUUCUAUCCUUGACUUCAAGUGCAUCAGGUUGUGAAAGAAAUUGGAGUUGCCAUGAAGGGAUUCAUACUAAAAGAAGGAACAAGCUCACUUGUGAGAGGCUUGAGCAACUUGUGUUCGUUCAAUUCAAUGCUCUCCAUGGACAGAAGAAAGAUAAGGCUAAGAAGAACAAAAAGAUGGAUCCCCUUCUAGCUACUGAAGCAACAUGUGCUCAAGGAUGGAUUGUGGAAGGUGGAGAAGAGGAUGAAAUCAGUGAUGUUGAUCCUGUUACGGGGCUGACAUGGCAGCUAAUUGCUGAAACUUGUGGUGUUGAGGAAGUCACUAGACUUCGGAGAAGUGCAAGACUGACUCAGCCAAGAGAGAUUGAAGAAGACAUGUACUCUGAACCUGAGGAUGAUCUUAUUGACGACGAAGAAAUUGAGUUUGAAUCUGACCAAGAAGAUGUGGUCACAGCAGGAUAUGAGGCAGAGGAGGGGGCUGGGACUAGUGACGAUUGA